GUAACCCACUCUAUUCGGGAGCGUGAUUCCAAGGAAUUGUGUGAGAAGCGUUGAUCUUACUGCUCGGAACCACGUGCCAGGCUAUCAUCGCAGUUUGCCGAUAGCCAGUGUAAACGUGUGGCCAAACUGCUUCCAAGAUUCAGCUACUUUGAUGUUCUGGGAACCUUUUACGGUAGGAAACGGAAGUAGUGAACCACCGGUUUUCAUAUUAGUUAGCUGCACCAAUAGUUUCGUUACGAACCAUUGAAUGAAACCUAAUCAUUCAUCGCAGAGUACGGCACAGUGAUUCGUAGUGAUAAAGGUACCAAUAACACCUGUACAAAAGAGGAAAAGAAUACUAUUUUCAAAGGCUUUACAGAAUCUGGCUACACGCACCGAAGAGAUGAUAGCUAGUACCGAAAGGAAUGCAGGCACAACGUGUACUUCUGAUACUCUAGAACACACUCGAAUCUCGUCCUAGCGCACAUUUUUGUAGUGAAAAACCUGAAUAAAUGUAGAGCCAAUUUCUACACAAAGACAAGCGAUAUCGUGCAUGUGCAUUCCACACUUCCUCAUAGAGCUAGUGGUCGGUAAGCAAAUCCACUGAUUUCUACAUCAACGACAGCAGGUCCUUGCCAAAUAAAAUGGAACGAAAGUUGCUGUAUGCAUUUCGAGGAUGGAUUGCGUUCGUUGCAUUCAUGGACCUGGGCACGGCCUUUCGUUGCUACAUUGAACGUCGGAGCUUUCUUGGGGACCAUUCGGAAACACAAUUUAUAGAAGGAGACUAUACAAUUUCUAGGAUAUUGGGAAUUUACUGCAUUCUGAAAGCCGUUGCCUUAGUUCAUUGCACGCUAUACAUACACUACAAACCAGUCGUCAGCAUGGGCGGCUGUUCACUGGCGAUUACUAUGAUGCUCUACAUUACCGAGGCCUUGUACUUCCGCUCUACAACGCUUAAUUUUUACGUUAUUUUUCCGUGCGUUCUAAACUCGAUAACACUGAUGGGAUUGCUGUAUAUUCCUCGGAAGCUGCGACUUUGGGAACAUCGAAACGGUUCCGAUAACGAUGAUGAAAACUCACAGUUACUCAAGCAAAUGGGUGGCUUUAAGAAGAGGCGGACACAUAAGAACAAGACACCGUGAACGUUGUGAAUAAUUAAAUGGUAGUAAAACACGUUCUUGUACUAUUCAAGCCUCAUUAAUAUUUUGCUUAAAAUUAUGUCCACCUCCGUCAAUUGUUUGUUCUACAAAAAGUUGGUGCCACAAGAAAUAAGUACCACUAUCCCUAGACAUGUUAGUCAUAUCAAAAAGUAGUUUUUACAUUCCCACCCCACCAUCUUGAAAAAAUCACGGUAGUAAAAAUUUGAAGAUUUCGCGCAGUUGUCGAAAUAAAUUCCUCAUAAAACACUUUUCAAAGAGUACCACCUACGCCACUUCCUUUUCAAUCUACAGGUAAAACUACGUCAUUUGAUAACAUAUUUUCUGCGACAAAGAUUCGGAUACUAAGAUAAGAUCAGUCCAGUAUUGUCCAACACCAUCAUGUAUCCCGUAUCAGGUUCACUUUAUUGCAUGAGCUCAAAAGCUCAAUGAAGGGAGAACUAGUUCGGUGGAGACCGUCGGUAACAAAUAACAUACGAUACACUUAAUACUUAAGCAUAUUUUUCUAUAUAUUCUACCGAUCGUUUUAUUAAGGUGCGCCGCACGGCUCACCCACACGUAGCAGUUAACUGAGAGUAUAAGGAGAGUGCUGCAAAGAUAAUUGCUAAUGUUUUUGAUAAUUAAGAAAACACAAUGUGAAUGCAACAGCUUUAAUACACUUAUAACUUGAUUAACCCAGAUAAUAUUAAUAAUAUUCAGCAAACUAGUGCACCAAGCCAGAAAAUAUAGCGAAAAAGACAAAAAAGUGUCACUGCAUGUUUCAUGUUGUCUGUUGGAAGAUAACUUGAAAAUCAAAUAGUCGCGAAAACCCUUACUCACGUAAUGCGUUUCGUGCCAUUCAAAACAAUGUGGGUGAAUAAUAAAUUGAUAAAAAUUAUUCCCAUUUAAAACAUGUAAUCACGAAACACAACUUUUCAGAAUUAUGAGAAUAAGUUAUGCUGUUGAACGUUGCGUUUACGUCACGCGAGCAACAGUUUGUAGGGCAUAGAUAUUUACUGUCGGCAUAGUUAUAAAACGUUGCCUUAUUCAAAAUACAAAGCAAAACUGUCAC